AUGUUGAGAGGAAUCUCCGCACAUUUAAGUGUGUUCUGGGUGGUCGUCCUUUUAAACAAUAAUGUGUAUUCAUUUUCACAAAUAACACCUGUAUUAAACGGCUUGUUGAACGUUUACAAGCCUUAUGGCCUGAGUUCAACUUAUGUGUCAAAUAAAAUAAAAAACAUAAUAGUUGAUAAUAAUUCUGGGAGGAAAAGGCUUAAAAUACACGUGGGCCACGGAGGAACUCUGGACAAGUACACAGAAGGAGUGCUAGCUGUAGGAAUAGGCCUAGGAACAAAGGCGCUUGACAAAUACCUCAAGGGCGAGAAGGAGUAUCAGUGCACUGGAACAUUCGGGUUUGAAACGGAUACGAAUGACCUUAUAGGGAAAAGAAUUUACUCAGCUCCCUGGAGCCACAUCACCAAUAGCUUGUUGGACACAGCAAUAUCCAGUAUGAGGGGCUUCUAUAUGCAGGAAGCGCCCAAAUAUUCAGCCAAAAAGUUGUCGGGAAUACCUCUGUAUCGGUACGCCAUGAACGAGGUUGAGAUUCCGUCCAAAGUGUCCCUGGUGCACAUAAUGGAUAUAUAUCGCAUAAAGAACGAGGAGCUCCCCAACUUUUCGCUCUUCGUCCGAUGCUCCGGAGGAAUGUACGUGCGCAGCCUAAUAAGGGACAUAGGGAAGCGCCUGAACUCCAGGGCCACGAUGUCGUCGCUGAUUAGGACCAAGAAGCUAAACUUCGACGUUAAGGACUCCCUGGCCUUCGAGGACCUGACCUACGAGAACAUUUUAAAGCACCUGAUGCCUGUGCACUAA